AUGGUGAGUGAGAGCCUGCCCUGCCCCCUCCUCAACAUGGAGCGGCCCAUCCUGUACCCCCAUGACUGCUUCUCCUCUUCCUCACUCUGCCAUGUGAAAGGAGGUUGUAACCUUGACCAGGACAGUGCAUUCCAUGAGGAACUGGAAACCUCCCUGAAGCCAAUUCAGGAGAAGAAGAAGGAAUGUGAAACUGUCAAAAGUGAUUAUGAGAAAACAUUGUCCCACAUUCAGGACCAAGGCGUAAAAACAGAGAAACAAAUUAAAACUGAAUUUGAAAAACUUCAUCAGUUUCUCCGUGAGGAAGAGAGGAUUGUGUUGGAAGAUCUGAAACUGGAAAAAGAGGAACACAGUCAGGAGAUGAAGGAGAGGAUUGCAAAGAUAACAGAGGAAAUCUCAUCCCUUUCAGUCACUGUUCAGGAUAUUGAACAAGAGCUGAGGGAACAGGACAGCAUCACAUUUUUAACAAAAUUUCCGGAUACAAAGAAAAGAGUGAAGCAAACUCUCCCAGAGCCACAGAAGGUUUACCCUUUAAUAAAUGUGGGCAAGUACAUCGGCUCCCUGCAGUACAGAGUGUGGAAAAAGAUGCUGACGGUGAUUAAUACAGCUCCAGUCACCUUGGACCCUAAUACAGCCCAUCCUGCCCUUCUCCUGUCUGAGGACCUGAGCACCGUGAGACACACCGGGAAUCGGCAGCAGCUUCCCGACAAUCCGGAGAGAUUUGGUUACUGUGUCUGUGUCCUGGGAUCAGAGGGAUUCACAUCAGGGAAACAUUCCUGGGAGGUGGAAGUGGGGAAGAAGACUAAGUGGGAUGUGGGUGUGGCCAAGGAGUCCAUCCACAGGAAGGGGCAAAUCAACCUGAAUCCAGGUAAUGGAUACUGGGCAUUGGCGCUGAGAGAGGGGAAUAAAUACUGGGCUGGUGAGAAACCAUGGAAAUGCUUAAAGCUGAGUGUGAGUCCGAGGAAGGUCCGAGUCUGUCUGGAUUAUGAGGGAGGGAAGAUGUCCUUUUAUAACUCAGAGAACAAGAGCCAUAUCUACACUUUCACUGGGACAUUCACUGAGAAACUCUAUCCUUUCUUCAGUCCGUAUCUCAUUGAUGGGGAUAAAAACACAGAACCUCUGAAAAUCUGUCCCCGGAGAGUAACAAUCCAGGAGGAUGAGGGAUUCAUCGCUUCAUCCAAAUAAAGAGCCUCUCCGUGGGGGGGAGGGGAAGAUCCCAUACACUGGGUCACUGGGUGGGUGAGGAGGAAGAUCCCACACCCUGGGU